UGUAUACGAGACUCGGAAGUGGGCUCCGCUCGUGUUGCAACCACGUCGGUAUUCAUAGACGGGUUGAUUUAAUUCUCGAGUAAUGUUGGCAUCAAUGCCCCAACCCGUCUCUCUCACACACACGGCUAUGGCAGUUGCAAUUGCAGCAAGACCCUUCUCAUCGUCUGUCCUAACCCUUACUCGCCCAAGGCCCAAGCGGGUAACCUUAAACCCGUUGGCUUCAUACUCUCCUCAACCCACUUCUUCUUCUUCUGCUGCUGCUCCUGCUGUAUCAAGAAAGCUCAUUCUCUACUCGAAGCCCGGUUGCUGUUUGUGCGAGGGCCUCAAAGAAAAGCUUCACGCCGCUUUUUCUCUCUCUUCGCCGGACUCCCUUCACGACGUUGAUUUACAGGUGAGGGACAUUACUACAAAUCCUGAGUGGGAGAGGGCUUACCAGUAUGAGAUACCUGUAUUGGCGAGAGUCCGGUCGGAUGGCACUGAGGCAAUGAUAAAAGAAGGAGAUGGAAGAGUAUUGAGGUCGGUAGGUGACCACCUGAUUUACUGCCGCAUUUGCCGACUGGAUGUGAAUUGAUGCUCAAACUACAGUAGCUGCAAUUCGUUUGGUUACAGAAAUUCGUUAUGGAGAGUCAUUUCCUCUCCCUGACCUCUUGCUAACAUCCAAGAGAUGCCUGAAAGUGUAGCGGAGUAGGGCACAUGAUGAUCAGAUGAUGUGCCCCAAAUUUUAUUGCUUUGCAUUCUCUUCAUGUUCUUGCCUGAAGAGUGCCACCUGAGCUUGAAAAGUGAUUUAGUCAUUUUCCAAGAUGAAAGAGAUGUCCACGGAUUUUAUUUUGCUCAUUGAAGAAAUUAUACAUAUUUACAUUGCUGAUCGACUUGGUUUGAUUACAAAUCAAGUUCCACACUCUAUCUAUUGUUGUAUCACCCUAAGACCUAGGUGAAUCAACUUCUCCUCAAGCCUCAUAACUGAGUCCACAUCAACUCAUAACCAACGAGGUACAGAACUACAAAUACAAACAAGAACCAUGCCAAUCUCUCUGUUUGUGAAAUGCAUUAUACUACGUGCAGAGCUAGACUUUUCUCUAUGGUUGAUGUUGCAGGUGCUUUGUAGUUCAUUGUGAAGGCCAAGGGAAAGAAAGGUAGCGCAAAUGGACCAGAACCCUAAUUAAA